AGGUAUCGGCGCCAGUGCUGAUACGUGCAGCAUAAACUACCACGGCCUGGAGGCCUUCAGUGAGCCAGAGGCGCGUGCUGUGAGGGAUGCCAUCUUGGAAGUCAAAACAGAACUGAAGGGAUACGUGGCGGUGCACAGUUACUCUCAAGUCAUCCUGCUUCCCUGGGCCUACAAGCCUGACGCCCAUCCUAACCUCGUCAACCUGACGGCGAUGGGAGAAGGCAUUGCCAAGGCAAUUCAGGAAGAAGAUGGCACGAUAUUUGACGUUUACGACACUUACACCAACUUUUACCCCGGGUCAGGCUUCAGCAGUGACUGGGCCGUCGUCCAGGGCGUGACGUACUCCAUGACCUUUGAACUGCAGGACAGGGGGCGUUACGGGUUCCUGUACCCCCCUAGCAAGAUCGAGGACGCGGUGACCGAAGUCUGGAAAGGCAUCGAGUUCUUCGGAAAAGAAAUCGCCAGGCAAUCUCAGCAAGGGUAUUUCUCGUAAUAAUAACGAGGGAAAUUUC